UGAAUUCAGUGUCGUAGGAGUCGCGGCGCGCGCCGCCCGAAAUUGAAAAAAAAUAAUAAUUUGGCGCGAAACGAAAGUGUCAAAAACAAUGAGUUACAGUGACAUAUAUGACAAUUUUAAUUUCGAUUAUCAAAAAUCGGACGAAGGCAAAGGUAACGUCGAUCUUAAUGCCAAUGAAAAAUGUUGUCGGGGGGUGAAAAAUGAGAAUAAAAACAAUCAGAGAAAUGAUGAUACGAAAGAAGAAGAGAGUCAUAUACAGCACGUGCUGGGACCGAGUAGGCGGUGCUUGGCGUGGGCUUGUAAGGCGUGCAAGAGAAAAACAGCGGCGGUCGACCGGCGGAAAGCUGCCACGUUGCGAGAACGAAGGAGACUUAGAAAAGUUAACGCUGCCUUUGAAGAACUAAGAAUACGAGCACGAGCGGGCAGUGGAAGACUACCUAAGUUGGAGAUCCUACGCGCUGCUAUACAACACAUAGAAAGGUUACAAGCCGCUCUACGCGCCGCUGCAGUCCUGGAGUCUGAAAGCUGCAAGACGUACGUGGAGCCAGUGACGUCAUCGCGCCCGCUCGACCGAGAGAUCAAAGCUGAGCGCGAGAGACCCUUCCUCAACGGCGAUUCAGGUUCAUGUGGGCUCAACAGCCUGGCUCGACUGCGAUGUAUAGUGCAAGCCUUAGCAGCGAAGGAAACACCUCCGGAACGAGAAACGUGUCCUAGAUUAUGAUUUAAUAUUUAUAUGGAGAUAAAAUUAUUUCGAUACUAUUUGAUGUAAAAAAAAUAUUUAAAAUAAGAAUGCAGGGUUCUAUGUCAAUUAACGGAAGUAUUGUAUCAUUAAAACAUACAACAUUAAAAAAGUAUUUGAAUUAAAUGUUUUAAUUAGGUAUUCGUGUUUUCAUCGAGGAAUUUAAAAAGAUAAUAAAAGAAAAGAAUUGUAAUGUAAGCACCACAGAUAACCGAAUAAAAAAGGGAUCAUAAUUGUAUUGGAUUAAAUUAUUAAGUUCAAUGUAAAUAAAUAUAUAAACAAAUUGUGAAUAGAUAAAAUAAUAAAACUUUGAUAUAAUAAAUCUCAAGAUCUCUAUAAACUGGGAUAAAUGGAAAGUUGAAGAUUACUUUUUAAUUAAGUUAGAUAGGUACCAAUAAACUUUUUAAAAAUAGGUUCUGAAAUGGAAUUCACGAUGGAAUAUAUU